AUGCAGAUUAAAAGGAAUAGACCAAAAAUGGGUGUUCCUAAGUCAACCAUUCUAAAUACUCCAUAAUCUACAAAUCAGUCAUUACGUAAUUCAUUCAUAAGAUAAUAUCAUUCUAGCAAGUAAUAAAUUGAUUGGUUAAAAAACAAUUCAUGAACCCUUCAUAGAUUAGAGCCAGAGUAUAAAUUUACAUAAAUAACAAAAAGAAAUGAGGCAAACUCUUAAAUUAUCUCCUGUUUAAUAAUUGUUAAAUUAUAUAUUUUACAACUUUUAGAUCCCCUUUCAAUUUGGAUUCCACUUUCCGAUAAAAGACCCAUAUUUAGAAGACUGAAGGUAGUGCAUCUGAACCACUUCUAAAAAUCAAUAUGAAAAAUCUUGACAUUCCUAAAGAUAGACUCCUAUUUGCAACAGAAACGAAACAUAUUUCUAAAUCAUUAGUCGACUUAGAUGAUGUACUUAAUUGUUUAUAUUUUUUAGUAAUUUGAUUACAUCAAAACUUUUAGAGCAAUGCCCAUGUAAACUAUAAAAGAAAUCUAUGAUACUGAUCGCAAAGAGAUAGAAAGAUUAUGUUCAGCAGAAAAGCAUAUUCCCAUAGAUUCAAGAUUAGCUCCUAUUAGACCAUAGUUAUAAUACCCAAACAUCCCAGAAUUUCGUAAAUAUUUUAAAGAAAAUGAAAGAUAUUAAGAAAUGCAGCAAUUUUAUUAAAUUGAUCCAAAUAUUUAUUAAAAAAUGACAGAAAAAGUAUUUAUUAAUUUCUAUUAUUAGAUAAAAUAAGAGAAAUUAAUGCCAAGAGAGAUGAAAUUAUUCACAAAUAAUAAUAAUGAUAAAUUGAUAGCAAAUAAUUUAUUAGGAUCAGAUAUGUAUGUAGAUUUAUUUUCUGAGGGAUUAUCAUCAUCUCAUUUUAGCAAUUUAAAAUCCCUUUAAAUGAAAAACAAUAAAUUAAAUAAUAAUAGAAUAACUAUGAUAGCUAAAAACCUACCUAGUAGUAUUAUUGAUUUAGAUUUCAGUAAUAAUGCCAUUGGAAAUGGUGGCAUUGCUAGCAUUUGUGAUUUUUUAAAUUCUAGAAAUUGCUAUUUAUAAAUAUUGAAUUUAGAAGAUAACAAAUUACGAGAUGGAUCUAUAAUGACUAUUCUUAAAACUCUUUAAUAGAGUAAAACAAUUAAAGUCAUUAAAUUUUCAAAAAAUUACAUUACUGAUAUAAGUAUGGAUUAAUUUGGAAAUCUAUUGAAAACAGUAACUAAAUUUAUAAAAAUAGAGUAAUUCACUACAAGAAGUGUAUUUGCAUUAUAAUUAAAUACGAAAUCAAGGAGGAACUGUAUUCUUUAGGGCUCUUCUAAAGAAUUAAUAUAUGAAAGUGCUUGAUUUUUCUUUUAAUAAGUUAGGAUAGCAGAAAGAAUGUGUUUAGAUGAUAUCUGAGUAAAUAUUUUUAUCCAUAAAGGGUUUUAGGUAAACCACAUUCAGAAUUAUCUCAUCUCGACUUAUCAUACAAUAAUUUCAAUAAUGAUGAUUCCAAAAUAUUCCAUCAAGCUAUAAUGUUUAAUUAAAUAAUAUAUGGAUUUCAUUUUGAGGGCAAUGGAGAUUAUAGUACCAAUGCAAGAGGAUUUUUAGUUAAUUAGAAGGAGUUAGAUUAAGAAUAUAGUGCUUUAGUUUCAAAAUAAUCAAUAAGACUAUCAACACAAUAAUUUGUAGAUUAAAGUAUAAAUAGAAUAGAUUUGAAAAAUAAAAUUAAUAAAUUAGAUUAACAUUUUCAAUUAGCAGAUCCAUCAUUAUUCAAAAGAAUAUAAAGCACAGAUUAUACUAAUAAUAAAUCUAAAGAUAAUUGUUGGUUAUGUGAAGGUUGGACAGAAAUAAGAUUUCAAUAUGUAGUUGGUAAAUCUGGAACUAUUAGUGAUUAUCCAAUCUAUUUACAUCUAGAUUUUGAAAAUUAUAGGCCAAUGAUUAUGGAAUAGGAUUAAUAAAUCUUUUUUUUAUUAAGAAUGUGUCCACCAAAUAGAAAAAUUAGAUACUUUUUUAGUAAUCCUUUUUUGGAUAUAUAAUUUACAGCUAAAGAUCAACGUAUAACAGCAUUAGAUGAUUUUGAGCCAAUAAAAGUUUAAGGAAUUCCAAUGAUCUAUGCUGAUACAUCUGUUGUUUAUAGUUAAAAAAUUUCAAUUGUAAAUUAUUUGUCAGCUACUAUCAAUAAAAAAGUACUUGACUCAUAAAAACAUUAUGUUCCUACUGUGUUAUCUAGACCUAGAGAAUAAGAGAAAAUAGUUUAUAUAGAUCCUAAUAAAGCAAAAGAAAAAUCAUGGUCAAUUGAGAAUUCAAUCUUUCGAGAUUUUUAAGCAGAUACAGAAGGGCAUCUUCUUGAUUGCUUUGAUUUUGAUUUUGAAUGUGGAAGACUAUAAAAACAUAUUCCUGAUCCUGAAGAUUUAGAAGUAUUAAAAACAAAGGUGAAAGUUUUCUACAAAAAUAUUUUGGCUUGUUAUAAGUAUUAUUGUGCUGAAACUCUAAAUUAUGAUACACCUUGUAUAAAUCAAUAAAGCUUUAUUGAUUUUAUAUCUUAAACAAACAUACUUUCAAAAUCAAUUUUAAACAAUAUAGAUUUAUAAUUAACAUAUUUAUCAAGUUAUGUAGUAUAAAAAUCAGCAGAAUUUAUUCAUGUUUUAGAUAAAUGUUUAGUUAGAUAUUAAUUUCUUGAAAUUAUUAUUCGUUUGGCUAAAGAACAAUAUUUGAGAACAAAUUAAUGUAAUAAUAUAACUGAUGCUUUGGAUAUGUUGUUUAAGUAGGACAAAGUAUUAGAUCUAAUCCAGGAAUUUGGAGUUCCUUAAGAUUGGAGAGAUACUAGAUAUUGGACUUAGUUGAUGGAUUCAACUAUAAAAAUGAAAAUCUAAUUCUUAUAGUUAAUGUAUGAUUAUGUAUCAAAAAUAACAUUCAAACAUAAUAAAUAUGUUACGUUGACAGAUUUCAAGCUUUUUAUUGAAUAACUGGAUUUAGGAAAGUAUGUUUCUGAAAAAGAACUCUACUUAAUAUAUUUACAAAGUAUGUAAACAUAAAGAGAUGAAUUGAGAGAAUCUAAUCAUAUUUAAAUGCAAUUUUUAGAAUUUGUUGAGGCAAUAGCAAGAUUAGCAGAGAAGAUAUCCCCAAUCUCACCUAUGUAUGCUGUCCGUAAUCCAGCAGUUAAUAAAAUAACUAGGAAAUCAUUACCCUUAUUUGUUAAAUUUGAGGGACUACUUUAUAUUAUAUUUUAAAAGAUAAAAUAAGGAAUAACUACAAAAACAAAUGAAUAAUAAAUUUAAGAUUUAGAAAAAAAUGUUUUAUCAAAAACAAUAUUGAAAACUGUUCAAGCAAAGAAACUGGGUGUGUUUGGUAUGUCUAUAUAAAUUAUUAUUUUAUAGAGGAAGAUAGAAGUUCAGAUGAGGAAAGAGAGAAAGAGUCAAGAAAUGUUCCAUUAUUACCAGAUGAGAAAGAUUAACAAGAAAUUAAAGAAAAAAAAGUUGCUGGAAGUGGAUGGAGCAAAUUAAGGAAUUGGGCUAAUAAGAAAAAAUUGUAAAAAUAGGGAAAUCCAGAAUAAAUUAAUAUGUUAAAAUAAUUAUAAACAUAUUAAGAUGAAGAAGAAAGAUAUGUUUAAGUGGAAUAUGAAUAAGCAUCAAUUUAUGAGAAAAUGGAAAUUAAACAAAGAUAAAGAAUGAAGCAAGAGUUUCAAAGAACUAAAUUAAAUUAAGAUCCCACAUUCAAAUUUGAAGAAGAAGAUGAAAUUAAAAGAUUCUGA